AUGUCUCUCUUAACUUACGCUGAGGAGGUGAGUGUGGAGGAGACACAGAGAGGAGAACAGGCUGAGGAGGUGAGUGUGGAGGAGACACAGAGAGGAGAACAGGCUGAGGAGGUGAGUGUGGAGGAGACACAGAGAGGAGAACAGGCUGAGGAGGUGAGUGUGGAGGAGACACAGAGAGGACAACAGGCUGAGGAGGUGAGUGUGGAGGAGACACAGAGAGGAGAACAGGCUGAGGAGGUGAGUGUGGAGGAGACACAGAGAGGAGAACAGGCUGAGGAGGUGAGUGUGGAGGAGACACAGAGAGGAGAACAGGCUGAGGAGGUGAGUGUGGAGGAGACACAGAGAGGAGAACAGGCUGAGGAGGUGAGUGUGGAGGAGACACAGAGAGGAGAACAGGCUGAGGAGGUGAGUGUGGAGGAGACACAGAGAGGAGAACAGGCUGAGGAGGUGAGUGUGGAGGAGACACAGAGAGGAGGGAAGGAGAAGAGGAGUUUUGCAGCUGGACGGCAGAUCAUGUGGAUUUCCCGCCUCUCGCUGCGUCUUAGUCAUGCCUGUCGCCAUGGAGACCAGCGCUCCAUUGCAACCCUUGUCAGCGGAAACAAGAUUGCCAAACAGGUGAAGCAGAGGCUGGCACUGCAGGUGGACCAGAUCCAGGACCAGUUCUCAGGGAUCAGACCAGGACUUGUGGUUCUGCAGGUUGGGGACAGAGACGACUCAAACCUGUACAUCAGCUCCAAACUGAAGGCAGCAGCAGAGAUUGGGAUCAACGCCAAACACAUCCGUCUCCCCAGCACCACCUGCCAGGAGGAGGUCCUCAGAAGUGUCCUCUCCUUGAACGCAGACACAGAAGUCCACGGUGUGAUCGUCCAGUUGCCUCUGGACUCAGUGGAACCCAUCGACCAGGAGCUGAUCACCAACGCUGUGUCUCCUCUGAAGGACGUGGACGGUCUCUCGUGUGUAAACGCUGGCAGACUCUCUCGUGGUGAGCUCAGGGACUGCUUCCUCCCCUGCACUCCUCAGGGAUGUAUGGAACUGAUCCAGUCCACAGGCGUGUCCAUAGCGGGGAAACGGGCCGUGGUGAUUGGUCGCAGUAAAAUUGUGGGAGCGCCGAUGCAUGACCUGCUGCUGUGGAGCCACGCCACAGUAACUGUGUGUCACUCCAGGACCCAGGACCUGCCAGAGGAGGUGAGCAGGGCUGAUGUUCUGGUGGUGGGCAUGGGUCGAGCUGAGAUGAUCCGAGGAGAAUGGAUCAAAGAAGGAGCUGUGGUCAUCGACUGUGGAAUCAACCACAUCCCAGACGCCUCCAGACCCGGGGGGAAGCGUGUCGUUGGUGACGUCCAUUUUGCCUCAGCCAAUCAGAGAGCAGGAUUCCUCACACCUGUUCCAGGAGGGGUGGGGCCUAUGACGGUCGCCAUGUUGAUGCAGAACACGGUGAUAAGUGCUAAGAGGAUUCUCCAGAACUAA